AUGUCUGCCGAGGACAUUUCAAUAACUAUCAAGGGGCCAUCGGAGCUCAGGUUAACACUCUCGAUCAGCCCUGAAAAGACCGUAAGGGAUCUUAAACAAGCCAUUUCUGAGCGUUCGGACGUUGAAGCCGAUCGGCAAAGACUCAUAUACAGCGGGAGAGUGCUAAAGGACGAGGACAAGUUGUCCAACUAUAAGAUCCAAUCGUCGCAUACGAUUCAUAUGGUGAAAGGAGUUGCACGUUCCGCUGGAUCGGAUCCUGCACAAGCUGCCCCUCAGCAGCUUCCUGUCAUGCAAGCCGGCCAAAAUCCCGCUGAUCCUCUAACUCAGCUUAAUGGCCCUGCGGGCCACGGACUUCUUGCCGGAUUCAACCCCUUCGCGGGGACUGGCGUUAACACCAACGACCCUAAUAUGAUGCAAGGAUUGCUUGAUUCGCCACAAUUCAUGCAACAGAUGUCUUCCAUUAUGUCAAACCCGCAGGUUGUGGAACAAGUCCUUGCCUCUGAUCCUAGCCUCGCCCCAAUGGCGCCUCAGCUGCGUGCCAUGUUCAACAACCCUCGAUUUCGUGAGAUGAUCUCUAACCCUGAAUCUCUUCAACAAAUGUUCCGAAUGUCGGCACAAAUGCGUGCGGCCGGCAUCGACCCUAUGAAUACUGCUCCGCUUGCAAACGGGCUUGGUUCAUUGGGUGCGUUCGGAAUUCCCCCAUUCGGCCUCGGAGCAGAUGCCGGUGGCGCCGGGACGGGAACGAGCAGUACUGCAGCGGGAGGCACAGUUGGAGGUGGACCAACGAAUUUGUUCAACCAGGCCGCUAGUGCAGCAGGAGGUACAACUUCGGGCACGGGCCUCGGUACGGGAGCCGAAGCGGGGUCGCCUCUGCCACCUAACCCAUUUGGCGUGGUGGAUCCAAACCUGAUGGCGCAAUUGCUCGGAGGAUAUGGAGGCUUUGGUGGAUUCCCUAGUGCAGGGAGUACGCCAAGUGCACCGGCUGAUACUCGUCCAGUGGAGGAACGAUUCCAGGUGCAGCUCCAGCAAUUGACUGAUAUGGGUUUCACCAACGCGCAGCAGAAUAUUCGGGCAUUACUAGCAACGGGUGGCAACGUGCACGCCGCGAUUGAGUACAUUCUGGGAGGCGGUGGCGUGUAG